AUGACGCAUCCAAGAACUAAGUAUGCUACUAACAAGAAUCAUUCUAGUGAUGACAAUCCCAGACUUGUUGAAGCGAUUCGAAAUAGAACGAAGAAAGUGCAAGAACAAUCCGAAGCCUCUCGUAUCGCACAGGAGGAAGAAAUGAGUCGAAUCAUGCAAAAAAAUCAAGCCGAAAAGAAAUAUAAGAAGAAAUAUGACCAUGCUACUCCUCAUCCUUUGGGACCUCGUCGAAAAGACGGUAAAAAUUUUAAUUCUUCCCACCGAAACCCAAGGGGCACGGGGAGUAAAGCCAAAGGGAUCAUCAUCAAUGACCCACCACCACAAGCGGAGCAACCAACACAUGAAGAAUCUGAUCCCAAAACACCUACUGAACAAGAAGGUGGUGACAAAGAAGAAGAAAGUGAUGAGGGAGUUAAUGAGGAACAAAGUGGUGGCAAGGAAGAAGAAGGUGACAAGGAAGGUGAUAAAGAGAUAAGAGAAUUCGUUCAAGAACAAGAAGGAUACCCUAAAGGAAAAGGUAAGAAGAAAGAAGUUCCAAAUAAGAAGAAAGGUGACCACAGGACCGAUGAGUUGAAGAUGUUUGCUCGCGGACCUGAUGAUUCACCUUUAGGGAUACCAGCUGAUGGAGGAAACGUAUUAUGGGGUUACAAAGGAAGUUGGGCCGACAUCGUCUACAAUACCAUAGAUCACAAGCAUGUCGUCCGUCUUAUGAAGCCAGGAACGUCAGUGAGUAAGAUGAGACCUCUUUGUUCCGCCUUUGCCAAGAGAUAUUACGUGGAAACGAAUACUUUACAUCUUCCGUUUGGAGAAAUGACGAUAACUACAAAUGAUGCGAAGUUCAUUACCGGGCUAAGCAUAGAAGGUAAAGCCGUGAAGCACAAAGAGUACGUGCAAGAGCUUGAGUGGGACAAGAUUUAUGCGUGGACCAAGGAAGUGUUCCAAUGGGAUGAGGAGAAAUCCAAGAAGGAGAUGCUAGUAGGUAAGGCAAAGCAGAGGAUAUUCCAUCUCUCGAGGCUGAGGAGCAACUUUAUGGGAACAAAGAAGAUUCGUACUGAGGGAAAAGAGGUGACGCCGCAACGUAUCAUUGCCACGGCCAAUGCGUAUGUACUCUAUAUCCUUGGAGCUGUUAUCUUCCCCGACGUUUCUGGUACCCAUGUGAAUGCCAACUUUAUCCAGCUGUUGCAACUAUUUGGCAAGAUACAAGACUACUCUUGGGGCAUUGCCAUCCUUGCACACUCUUUGACGGAGUUGAGGAAGGCUUCUGGGCUCAAAGGAACCAACUCGGAGGGAAUAUGGCUUUUCUGUAGGCGUGGAUAUAUUUUCACUUCCUAA